AUGUCUGGUUUCCAAAGACUCUCACAAGCGGCUGUGCUAGAUUGCGAUUCCGCCCAAUCUCUGCAGGAUGGCGCCUCCUAUUCUACAUACGGCCAGCCCGUUUAUAUGUCCACUCCCCUUGCCCCAUCUCCAAUGACCGACCAUAUAAGUCAGAUGUCAGAUUGCGUUCCAUACAUGGCGAAACCCGAGUAUGCUAGCUCCUACGAGGAUGAGCAGACCCCUGUGAUUCCCGUGGAAACUUGCCAGUUGCCAGAGGUUCUCUCGUACUCGCCACAGAGAGGCUCCGAAGGCACCAGAGUCUUCGUGCAACUCCAGUCUCCCUACGAUCUUCACACAACACCCUACGCAACGCUGUACAUCGUGUUUGGAACGAAGAAGUGCGAGUGCAAUCCACACUUUGUGGGAUUCCGGGAUUCUUACUUCCAAUAUGCUCUCUCUGUGGAUACCCCUCCGUUUAUGUCCACGGGCUCACCCUCCCUGGCGGUUCCUCUUCAGGUUGCCAUGCGCGGCCAAAAUGAAUGCCCAGCUACGACCCUCCAAGUGGGCGUUUACACAUAUGAGCAUGCCGGACAGCAGUCACCGUCUGACGAGGGUCGGAAGAGGCGGAUUUCGUCUUUCUCUGCCGAUAACCUCUCCAGGCCAAUCAAACGCGCGUCGACCCUUCCGGUGCAGGUUAAGGAGGAAACAUCAAGCUAUGCUGCGCCUUACUCGCCGUAUUCGCAGCCGCUUCCUUCCAUGAACGGAUAUGCUACCUCAUAUCACACAGAUUCUUCGCCUCGCAUCGGCCCUACGCAGUAUACGACUGUAUCGACGAACUCGCAACCUUCUAUCCGCGCCCCUUCUCCCAUGGCACCUUCGUGGAACUCAUCCUUUCUCUCGGUUAACCACGAUCCGAGAACUUCUGGAUACGCCGUCGGACGUGGUGUUUGCCAGCCAAAGCCAUCAUCCCCGGCAAGCCAUUCGAACCCUACUCUCAUCCGUACCUCCACCCUACAGCAAGCACCUGCUGUGAUUCAAACACAGACAUUCAACCCCUAUGCUAUGUAUCCGUCAAAAGCCAUCCUGAAGCUCAAUGGGGACAUGAACACGAUGACCCAAAAUUGGACUCAGGAGGAGCAAAUUGCUCAGCGCCGUCUGGUCCAAUUCACCCGCAUGCAGAGUGGCACCACUAUCCACGCUGACUUCAAGCCCGUUACCCCCGAAGAACGCGCACCGAAUAGCAUCUGCAUAAGCUGCAUUUACUGGGAAGGCAAGGAUGAGUGUUUCAUCACGAGUGUGGAUACCAUUUACCUUCUUGAAUCGCUCGUUGGAGUCCGCUUCACAGUGGAGGAGAAGAACCGUAUUCGACGUAACUUGGAAGGGUUCAGACCUCUUACCGUAUCGAAAUCUAAAGCAGACAGCGAAGAGUUUUUCAAGGUUAUCAUGGGAUUCCCCGCACCGAAGCCGCGAAAUAUUGAGAAGGAUGUCAAGGUCUUUCCCUGGAAGAUCCUGGGCCAUGCUUUGAAGAAGAUCAUUGGCAAAUAUUCCGCCAGCUACUCCUCUACCGCUGGGGCUCUUCCCACUCCCAUCGGAUCAAACUAUCCCAGUACCGGGCCGGCGUCCGAUUCUGGAGCUGAUGGUCAUAGUGCUGCCUCUCCGCAGUCGAUGUCCGAAGGCACGCCUUCAAGCAGCUAUCACCCAGGCAUAGCAGCCCCAGUCUACUCCCCUCCAACUGAAGCCGAAGGACCAGUGCGAACAAUCUUACCCACUGUCAGCCAACCAUACUCGAGUAUCACUGCGCCAUACUCUUACACUACCGUCUGCCAUCCGGGACAGCUUGCGCCCACUGGGCCGGCCACAAGGAGCUGGGAAGUUAACCCACUGGCCACGGCUCCGACCGUGAACGCGAACCCUGGCAACUACAACUACAUGCCUCCGAUGACCUACUCUAUGCCCGGUCACCAUCAGGGACAUUAG